AUGGGUGAAUUGCAACGAGAUGAUCCCGCAGCAGCGGAUGAGGAUACUGGUCGAGUUGGUCGUGGUGGAAGACAUGGACCCCAGAAUUGCGCGGAAUGUCGACGUUUAAAGCUGAGAUGUGAUCGCAAAGGCAAGUUGUACACCCUUGAUCAAUGUAUGACUCUACCACUAAAGCAUGGUAUACAGCCCCUUGCAGUAACUGCAUCAAGAGAUCAUGCGGCGAUAUAUGCCCUCAUGGACCCUGCACCAGCUCCGAACCAAGUAGAUUCACAUGGCUUCCUCAGAUCUUUGAAUGACUUGUUAACUUCCCAUGGCAUCAAUCUACAAGGUGCGCUGGAUCCUCCAGGUAGUAUAGUGCAAUCUUCCCCCGGCCCAUCAGUACCUGCAGCUAUAAGAAGGUCCUCACCGUCACAGCAGACUCGAGAACGCUCUCGGAGCCCGUCCGUUUCCCACCGCACCCGUCCGUUCGCGUACGAAGACGAAUCUCUCCUCAACACGCCCUCUGCCAUCCGUAUGCAUUCCCCCGUGCCUCCACCACAUUUCGCUUACCAGUAUGAUGAUCAUCCGACUUCAUUGAGGGCGACAACGGAGUCACCCAGUGAGGAUAACUUCGGUACAUUGGUUAUUGACAAAUCGGGGAGAUCCAAAUACCUUGGCCCUACAGCAGGACCAGAAUGGAGGAAAGAUCAGCAGCAGCCCGUUACGUCACUCAAGGAAUCUCGCGCUCAAUCACCUAGCCGAUGCAAUUCACGACCUCAACAAUUGCGUUCCUACUUCCCAUUCGAGGGGGCUCAGCCCUCGUCUAUCAGUACGAUUCUCACACACCUGCCGCCGUAUGAGCAUGCUCAAGAUUUACUGCAAUCGUAUUAUCGGUACUUUGCGUGGAAUCACAGACCCGCAUCUGAAUCAUCCAUCCAGCUCAUCUUCGACGCAGCUUACAAUCCUGAAACGUCAGCGACGACAAGUAGGACCGAGUACGCCCAAAAGCUUGCAUUGCUGUUUAUUACCUUUGCCCUAGGUGCACUACAUAAUCUAGAGUUACCACCCAAUGAUCCCUCGGCUGAAGACUACUGCAUGAUUGCGAAAGCUUGUCUAGCUGAAGGAAAUUUCAUGAAAAGGCCUACGAUAAUGGGAGUGCAAGCGCUGGUCACGAUGGGUCAUUAUCACUUGGAGACGGAAGACGGUCGUAACGGAGAUUCAGCCUGGCCGCUUUGGGGAUUAGCGAUGAGGCUCAUACAAUCGAUGGGUUUGCAUCGGGACGGCGAAAGAUGGAAUCUACCACCUGACAUCGUGGAGGAUCGAAGAAGGUUAUUCUGGGAGGCCUACUGUAUUGAUGUCUUUCAAGCAAACUGCUUUUCCCGACCGAGUGCAAUACAGAGAAGACAUGUCGACACGCUGUUCCCUCGAGAAGACAAGGCGUCGAACGAUCAGAGGAAAGGUUUUUUGACAGCCAAAUACGAACUGGCACAGAUUUCACAAGAAAUCCUCGACCAAGCAAUGGAUGUACGAGCAGCUGAUUACGCAGAUGUUCAGGCUUUACAGAAUAAGCUAGCUUCUUUUGAGCGAGAAUUGCCCUACGAUUUACGAUGUCGGGAGGCCCUCUUGGCAGCUACAUCAAUGUAUCCGGACCCAGCAACGGCCAGAGAUCAAAGCCCCGAGGUGAACAAAAGGAAUCUGAGGGGGACGUUGGAGCAAUACACUUUGGCUUUGAACGUCUCUGAAAACUUUCUUUUCCUACAACGCCCGUAUUUCAUCGCUGCAUCACAGGAGAGCCCUUCGGAUCCUACCCUCUCACGGUUCGGUGCGUCAUACCUAUCUGUCAUCGAAAGGUGUAAUGUCAUAAUUCAGGUUGUCAGCGGGCUAUACGAGUUAUUCCCCAAUAUCACUUCUCGUCAUUGGUUUUAUUGGUACCAUCUGUUCACUGCAGCAGUUUGUUUCGGAACAAUCCUGAUCAAGGACCCUCACAACGUGCUUGCACCUCUGGCACUGUUGCAAGUGGAAAAGUCGAUCGAGGUGUUUGGGUCCAUCUCCAAAAAGUUCGACUCGCCUGCCAUGAAACGCAAUCACGAAUGGUUGUUGCGUUUGCGUAAUCGAGUGAUACAUGAAGUGACGACAAAGACCAGCAGUAUCUCUGCAAACGCUCCCGCGGACCAGGAACUCGAUGACGAGGUGGUGGAUUUGCUCACUUGGCGCACUGAAUUGAUAAACUGUGUGACUCAGGACCCUAGUCGGAGGAAUCUUGCUCCUUCAUCUACUGUCCCAGCUACUGAGCUUGAUUCCACUGCUUUGAGUACGCUUCACGCUCUUGCACAAUCUGCAGAUCAGAGUUCGGAUAACGCAACCUCCUCCAUACCACAAUUUUCUCUUGACACUUCCAUCGAUGACAUUUUUCAUCAGUUCUGGAACCCCAUGAUGACGGGCGAUCCGCGCGCAGACCCAAUGGGAAUAGCUUCUCUGAACUGGAGUGAUUGGGAUUCUACUAUACCUGCCUCAUCUGAAUCGAACUGUCUGUGA